AUGAAUGGUUCUUCCACUUCUGCAAUUGAAAUAAGCCUCUGGCGCACUUGGGCCCUGACAGUCACUCACGAGGCAUCUGAAUAUACUGCACAGAAAUUCAAUGCAAAGAAGACAGGAGGAGAUCCGGUGAUACCUUCUCCUAACCUAGACACUGAUCUAGUGAUGGCCUGCGAUCGAUUGGUAGAUCGCCUCAUAAAGGCAUAUAAAAAUCCAAUUCAGAUGAACAUUGACAUUGCAAGAUAUAGCAAAUUGAUCUCCCCAAAGAACACCGGGCACAAUGAGGAGAAAGAGAAGAAGUUGCUUAAGAGAUGUCCUCCCGGCCAUGAGGGGACAAGGUUUGUGGACAUACCCACCACCAUUCUAGAUGUGUCCGGCACCAUCAUCACAUGGUACCUCCCAGAUGCCCUGACAGCUGAAACACAGAAGGAAAUUUGGGCAGCCACCGACUUGCUGUCUCCAAGUCUGGAAAGAAGUGUGAAGGUCGAUGGGAAUUGGCGAACCAAUCCGGAGUGGUUCAAACAUUGCUCGGAAGAUGUUGGCUUACCUGCUGGGUGCAUUAAUUCAUCUCCGGCAUGGUUUCAACAGGGGCACGAGAAUCUAGCGGACCCGGAGGUAUCUGCAUCAUUAAAGGGACCAUUGUCCGAGGGAAUCCUAAAUGCCAUUGCAAGGCCGGCAGCCAUCACAUCAGCGGCACUCAGGAUCAUGCAUCUGGAGCAGUACUGGGCAGGGUUACGAACAUUUUCAAGCCUUAGAGGAAAGGCAGAAAGCAAGGAACUGCCAAGAAUGUCUGAGAUCCUCCAGUACUGGGCAUCUGUGUUUAACACGCUAUCCAUCAUUUCCAAUUGUCAAACCCCGCAUCAUCGAGACUAUUUAUCAAUUCCUGAAUGCUUCAAUAUUCUCACCACCGUGGGGAAUUAUUCUAAUGCUCAGAUGAGUAUGCCAAGCCUUCAGCUGGAGUUCGGGUACGAUCCUGGGUGUAUGAUUGGAUUUUCCAGAAGGAUUGUCAGACAUGGGGUUCAUGAGGUGGAGGGGGAUAGGGUUGGGUGGGCAUGGUAUAUGAGGGACUCUGUUCAUAUUUAUGCUGGGGUUCCCUCAUGCGGAUGGGCUAGGGUGGAUUGA